AUGAAUUACGCAUCAACAUGCAGAAAUCUGAUUCUGUCAGCAGCAGUUUGUGGCAAUGCUUGUCAUUAUAUCUCCUCUCCUGCUCUGAGACCAGAGUCAAUAACAAACUACACACACUUCAACUACAAUUCACAUUGUGUCAUUGUUCUCUACAGGUUGAGUGGUUGUGGCGUCACAGAUGAAGGUUGUGCUGCUCUGGCUUCAGCUCUGAGAUCAAACCCCUCACACCUGAGAGAACUGGAUCUGUCGUGGAAUAAACUAAGGGAUUCAGUGAAGCUGCUUUCUGAUGUACUACAGGAUCCUCACUGUAAACUGGAGAAACUGUGGUUGAGAGAUUGUGGCAUCACAGAUGAAGGUUGUGCUGCUCUGACUUCAGCUCUGAGAUCAAACCCCUCACACCUGAGAGAACUGAGUCUGUCUGUGAAUAAACUAAGAGAUUCAGUGAAGCUGCUUUCUGAUGUACUACAGGAUCCUCGCUGUAAACUGGAGAUACUGUGGUUGUAUGAUUGUGGCGUCACAGAUGAAGGUUGUGCUGCUCUGACUUCAGCUCUGAGAUCAAACCCCUCACACCUGAGAGAACUGCAUCUGUUUGGAAAUAAACUAAGAGAUUCUAGUAGGAAGUUUCUCUCUGAUCUGAAGGAUGAUCCACAUUAUAAACUGGAGACAUUAUACUAUUGACUCUCAGUAUUUAGAUGUCAGUUCAGUUUCGUCAGGAUCAGCUGAUGGUGAAUAAGAGCCGCUGCAGAGACGUCACAGUCACACAAUCAACACAGACUGUGUGAAGGGGACAACAAUAAUUUAGGGAUGUUCAUUUCAGUUCAUUUUCCUGAACGACUCCCAACACUUGUUAACCAAUCAUUGACCGUUAACCGACAAAAUUAGAACGUUACAUUAGAUUUAAAUUAAAUUGGAAUGAAUAUGUUUAUGUGACCCACUGAAAGUGAACCCUUUACAGUUUCUAUUAAUGUCUUAUUCUUAUCUGUAUGACCAAACCUGACAGAGUAUUUUAAGUAAUUUCCAUUGUAAUAAGGAAAAAAUCCAAGUGAUCACACCGGAGUGUCUCGUGGGAAACAGUUGUAUUCGUUCAGAAUGAGAUGUUGAUAGAUUUCUCUUUAAAUACUUUUUUUUUCUAGAUGUUUAUAUGUUGUUUAUAACUAAUAAUUUUAUAGCUGCUUAUAUUUUCUGUUUUGUAUUUUACUCUGUUCUGAAUACCGUAAAAUUUAAAGGAUU